AUGGAUAGAGACGGAGGUUCAGAAAUGGAUACGUUAUCGAUCACCUCGCCAGCGAGUGUUAACGUCCCGUCUGGUAGUAUAGUAAUCGGUGAGCCUCACUUGGCGACAAUCGACGAAGACAUUCCACUAACGACAGUAAAAAUCAAAGGAAAGCAGGAUGAAGUUAUUGGCAAAUACAACCCCGAGCCAAACGAGGAAACUCCUUUGCUUUCUUCGGCCGAGGCAGGCACCGAGAAGAGUUCAAGCGCUCACGCACGCAACAGCAAAAGCUUCACGAGCACUUUUAAUUCAAGCCAAGGAUCUUUGUUCUUUGCUUCGUUACAGCUUUCGUUGCAUUCCAGCAUGGCUUUGAUUUCGCAGUCUUUGAAUGGUUCUUUCAAACAGCGAUCGGUUUCGUUUUCGAUUCGAGACCGCGAAGGAUCUAAAACUAUAACUUUAGUAGAAAAACUAUCAGACGAUGCCCGUGCGCCAGCCGUACUUGCUAUGUGGCAUGUUUUGAAUGUAAUAAUUUCCAGCAACAGUGUUCUGGGUAUGCCCUUCGCCAUUGCAUUAGGGGGGAUUGCCGCCUUACCACUCACCCUUCUUGUGGGAUUCCUCGUCAGCGUGACCUCAGUUCUGUUGAUUGACUGUCUUUACGAAAUCUCCCCGAAAAGCCGACUUCGCAAACGAGUAAGAGCGAGCUAUGCCGACAUUGGAGCGGACGUGUGGGGACCGAUUGGAGGCCACGCUGUGAAUAUUAUGAGAAUAGGUCUGACUUACUGCAGUUGCGUACUGAGGAUUAUGGUCUUAGGAAACACUCUGAAAGACUUGACUAGUGGCCAAGUGGAUCUGUCUCUUCAGGAAUGGUGUUUAGUGUGUACAUCGGCCUUGCUGCUGGCUGUGUUCAUCAAGAGACUGUCUGCCCUGGCCUGGUUAAGUAUGAUGGCAGUGCUAGCAGCUCUCAUUAUUUUCUUCCUUUUGCUGGGUUUUUCUUUAAGUAAUGUCAAAACAUGGAAGUGGGGCAGUAUUCUCUCUUUUGAUAUGAAUACCUUCCCAAUAAGUAUGGGUAUCAUUGUAUAUUCAUACUGUGGGCAUACUGUUUUUCCAGCUGUAGAGGGAUCUAUGAAGAACCCAAAAAAAUACAACAUCAUUUCCCACUGGGCAUUUUCCAUAUCAACAGCCAUGAAAUUUUUGGUGGGCCUCUUUUGUUUUCUCACGUUUGGGACUGACACCCAGUCAAUUGUCCUUUUAAAUCUCAGUACAGCAAAUGUUUCUAUAUUAAGUAAAAUAGCAUCUGUUCUAGUAGUAAUAAACAUGUACUUUUCCUACCCUGUAAACAUGUUUGUCGUUAGUGGGACUGUGGAUAUCCUACUAUUACCUAAGUUCCAGAAGUAUUUAAAGAUGAAAUGGUUCAAUUUCCUCUGGCUUUUGUCAACAAGGGUCAUCCUCGUUUAUUCCACCGUGGGUAUCGCACUAGCAGUGCCUCGUUUUGGGUUGCUUAUGAGUGUGUUUGGUAGUGUUUUGGGGGUUUGUGUAACUCUAAUUUUUCCCUGUAUGUUCCAUCUGAAACUCAAAUGGAAAAUUCUAAGAUGGUAUAACAUAGCUUUUGAACUGUUCAUUAUAUUAUUUGGGGUGGCGGCAGGCAUGUUGGGUCUAAUUUACUCUUCCCUUGCUCUCAAAAAAGCCUUGGGUUAA